GCCACGCCCCCUGCUCCUACCUGUUGAGCGGUGUUUAAAAACAAGAAGAAGAAGAAGAAGAAGAAGAAGAAGAAGUUCCACGCUACCAUCUGGACGAGUCAAGAUGAGCCUGCCGGACUACAAAUCACCUGAAAAGCAGUCUGCAGGCGCACAUCCAAACUGUGCUGUGGUGCAGCUGAACGUCGGGGGUCACCUGUUCAGCACGUCUCUGAGCACGCUCAGGAAGCACCCCGACUCCCUGCUGGCCGAGCUGUUCAGCAGACAGCCCGCGCUACGCAGCGACGCGCAGGGACGCCACUUCAUCGACCGCGACGGGUCCCACUUUGGUUCCAUCCUGGACUUCCUGCGAUCCGAUUGGCUGCCCACAGACAACAUCCCGCAGGUUCACAAGGAGGCGGUGUACUACAACAUCAAACCCCUGAUCAAGGCCUUGGAGGAGACCCCCCAGCUGUUCGGGGAGCUGGUGGGGCGGCAGCAGUUCCUCGCCAGAGUGCCGCACUACAAGGAGAACAUCGAGGUUCUGAUUCGCAUCGCCAGAGCCGAGGCCAUCGCCGCCCGCCACUCCACCAUCAUCAUCUGCGUCCUGCGCACGGAGGAGGAUUUGGGUUUCUACGACAACGCCAUCAACAGCCUGGAGGCGAACAAGGAGUCGGUGGUGACGUUCGGACCGUGGAAGGCCGUCACGUCCGUCAAAGACCUGCUGGACUGCGUGGAGACGGACAUCCGGAGCCAGGGCUACCGGGUGAGCGUCCAGCCGCACGUGGUGGAGAGGAGCUUCCUGUCCAGGAGCUACGACUUCUUCCACAAACUCACCUUCACAUGGUGGUGAUCAGGGUGCAGGAUGAUGCAGGAGGGCACACUGUUAAAUAAAAACAGGGUUUAACCCCUUUGACAGACCCGGUUGCUCCUAAAUACUUUCUGCCCCGCUAGUAAUGUGCAUAAAGAAGCCAAGAACACAUGGAAACGUCUCCAAAAGGCAUCAAAUGACAGACUAGACAUUCAUACAAUGUGGCACAGAAAGUUAGAUUUUAUGUCCAUUAUUUACACUUUCUGUCUAUGUUAUAACGU